AUGGCCUCUUCGAUAGCCUCCCACCCUCCUACCCGUCCGGCUCUCGUCACGCCUUCCACAUUUACCCAGGACAUUUCCCGUGCCAUCAUGGCCUCAACGGAACCCCCCAAGUCCGUCGAACCUGAGCCUCAUCCGCAUAUGGGUCUGAGUUAUCCGCCGCCCCCUCCUCCUUCACCUGUCGAAUCGAGGAAUGCACAUACCUUCUGGGGGUCCGUCGAAGGUGGGUCAAUAUUCGGGCGGCCAGGCGAGGCCCGAGGUGAUGCGAUCAUCGCCGUCACCAAGGCUUAUCCUCCGUCUUCUUCAUCCUCGGCCGGAGUAACGGCUGGAUAUCACGUGGUCGACAUGCUUGCUGGCCGGCAAUCAAAACCCGGCAAUACACUCAAGUCCCUUCCGGGAGGCUAA